UAUGAGAUUUUAAUUAAUUAACAACAAUAACGGUGUUAUAGGGGUUUAAAAAACUGCAUAUAAAAUUAAAAACAAAGUUGUCCACAGCAGUUCUAGUAUAUUGUGUAUUGAGUUCAUAAUAUUUACGAUAUUAAGCUAUUGAAAUCAACAAUUAACAGUGGUGGCAAUGCCGCGUGACAUGCAUUCUCGGAAUAGCGUGUUUCGCAGCGUUUUACAAAGAGAUUAUAUUGAACCACGCCUUACACAACGCAAUUUAAUUGCUAGCACCAAAGAUUCCCUCGAUUACGUACAACGUUUGGGACUUUUAUGCCGUCUGCCCGUACAUUCUGGUUGUGUCAAUACCAUACAUUGGAAUAGUACGGGCGAAUAUUUGCUAUCGGGUUCCGAUGAUCAAUUUAUAGCCGUAACAAAUCCCAAUAAUCAAGAAGUUCUGUUGAAAUGUAAAACAGCACAUCGGGCUAAUAUAUUUAGUGCACGUUUUAUGCCACAGUCAAAUGAUCAAGCAAUAGUUUCAUGUUCGGGAGAUGGCAUCGUUUUGUAUACUGAAUUAAUGGCUCCCUAUCUGAAGCGAUCGAAAUCCCAUUUUAAUGGUAUGGAAAAUGGAGCACCAGUUUAUGAGAGAAGUCCUGAUGCUGAAUCGACUGUUCAUUAUUUUAAUUGUCAUAAAAGUGCCACAACUUAUGAGGUCUUGACGAUGCCUAAUGAACCGCGUUCGUUUAUGAGUUGUGGUGAGGAUGGCACUGUAAGGCUCUUUGACUUGAGACAAAUAUCGGGUUGUCAUAAAACCUGUUGCAAAGAUAACAUAUUGAUUUUAAGCCCCACUGCGGUUAAUGCCAUCGAUUUGUCGCCAAUUAGUUCAAAUUAUUUGGCGGUGGGAAGUUCAGAUGCUAUUGUACGCAUAUACGAUCGACGUUAUUUAUCUGUAAUUGAUUUUAAUGAUAGCUCAAUAGCCACCGCUGAUAAGCACACCAGGCCGGUUAAAGCUUAUCCUAUACCACUGCCUAGUAGUCGUCAGUAUCGAAUAACUUGCAUACGUUAUAGUCCCGAAGAAACCGAACUUUUGGUCUCUUAUUCCUCGGAAUAUUUAUAUUUAUUUGACCUGAAACAUGAGGGAAUUAAUGUUGAUGAUUUGUCUAAGGGUCGUUAUGUGGCAAAUCGUGGAAAUUCUCCGCCGCCUGCAAUGACUGCAGAACAAGUUACGAGGCGAUUACGUUUGAGAGGCGAUUGGUCGGAUACUGGACCAGAUGCUAGACCUGAAAGGGAGGCGAAUGGUAGGGUAGAUGUAGGACAAGUAAGACCUCAAUUGCAGCCCAAUAUAAUGAGUCGCAUGACAGAGGUGAUAUCUCGUAUGCUAAACGAUCCUCGAACACGUAUGGGCAUAACAAAUCAAAUACAAGAGGCCAGAGAAAAUCAAGCGGCAGCAGCUGCUGCCGAAGCUUCAGUGGUUGGCACAGAAACCACUAGUGAAGAUUCACGCCCGUCCACUUCAAUAGCAGCUUGGCGACGAGCUGCAGCCAAUGGCUUAAUAGCUAACAGAGAACAGACUUCAGCUAAUGAUACGGCUCGACAAAUCUGGCCCCCACUUCUGAAGAUGUUGAAAUGUUUUGAAACUUUCAACUGAAUGCGAAACUCAAAGUCCUCAUCUGCACAAUUUCAAGUAGAUGCUGCUUCACUAAAUAAGGAACUGGGAUUAGAAAUGGAAACUAGAGAAAUUGUCUAUGAUUAUUUACGCAUGAAAUAUACUGGUCAUCGUAAUGCCCGCACCAUGAUCAAAGAGGCUACAUUUUGGGAUAACUAUGUAAUGUGUGGCUCAGAUUGUGGUCACAUAUUCACCUGGGAUAGACGCACUGGCAAAUUGGUGAUGUUAAUGCAGGCCGAUCAACAUGUUGUCAAUUGUCUGCAGCCGCAUCCAGAAUUGCCUUAUUUGGCCAGUUCAGGUAUAGAUUAUGAUGUCAAAAUCUGGGCUCCCGUCUUGCAAGAGAAAGGAUUUGAUGAAGAGGCAGCAGAAAUUUUAAUGGAACGUAAUGCCAUUAUGUUGGAACAAACCAAAGACACCAUUACCGUGCCCGCAGCAUUCAUGAUACGUAUGUUGGCUUGUAUUCACUCAUUACGCAAUCGAGAACGUAAUAACUCAAAUUCAACUCAACAAAAUUCUAAUGAAAAUAAUUCACAACAAAAUACACAAAACGAUGAUAGUAGUAAUAAUACAACAACGGGUGAUAAUAUUAAUAAUCAUAAUGAUAAUGAUAACAACAACAACAAUAAUAGCAGUAACAACAAUAAUAAUGAUGAUGAUCAUACAAGUAGUUAAUUUGCAUCUAAUAAUGAUUAUAAAUCAGUAAUUGUUUAUUUCACAAAAUAUUUGUUUUUUAAAUUAAAUGCUAUUUGUAAUAGUAUACUCGCUUCUUUUAAAUCUUUAAGAAUUUAUUUUUGAAGUUAUUUAUUUUACUAAAACCUAAAUAAUUGAUGGUGUUUAUGUACACGCUUACAAACACAAAAAAAUAAGUGUUAAAUCAUAA